UACCCAUACAUCAGAAGACUUUGAAAAGAUUUGGAAAAGACUCAUGGAAAACUAUCAGCUCACACCUGCUCACAUCUAAAGACAUGCUUUUAGAGUUUUUAGUCACAGUCUAGUCUCAGACUGAGACUGUGAAUCUUGCAGGGUCACUAUUUACAAGACUACAACUAGAUUAUUUCAGCAUUUUUUUCCCACCAUGCAAUUUUUUCCCAUCAUGCUCUGAGUAGAAGCUCACAAAAUGAAGGAGAAGCAGCUUUUGGCUACAGCUGCUCUAGUUUGUGCAGUGGUUUGUGCUGAAAAAAACAACAAAAAGAACAGGAGAAGACGCAGAAUGUGGGCACGGCCCUGGUUAUAUGGAAGGGGACACAAAGGUCUUUCCGUCCUACAGAAGGAACUGGAGGCAAACGACAGAAAUGGAUUUAAAGAAUUGCUCCGCAUGACAUCCAAGGACUUCGACUUCUUAUUAGAAAAAGUACAACCACUAAUAACAAAGCAAAACACCCGUUUUCGGAUGGCCAUCAGUGCAAGGGAGCGACUGUCUGUGACACUGAGAUUUUUGGCCACAGGUGAAACCUUUAAAUCUCUGGGUUUCCAAUACCGCAUGGGAAGCACGACUGUAUCACAGAUCAUCCUCUCCACGUGUGAGGCUCUCUAUGAGGUCAUGAAGGAGGAUUACCUCAAGACACCAACAUCAGAGGCUGCCUGGAGAGCUAUUGCCGCAGACUUCUUUGAGAAGUGGCAGUACCCAAAUUGCCUGGGUGCACUGGAUGGCAAACACAUCUAUAUACAGCCCCCUGGUCAUUCGGGCAGCACUUUCCGCAAUUACAAAGGCCGCUUUUCUGUGGUAUUAAUGGCAGUUGUGGAUGCACAGUACAAAUUUGUGUAUGUGUGUGUAGGGGCCCAGGGCAGACUGUCAUAUGGUGGUUUGUUUGCCCACUCUGACCUCCGCAGAGCAAUGGAAGCAGGCCUUCUCAAUGUACCCCCACCAGAACCCCUCCCUAACACAGAGACUGUCAUGCCAUACAUGCUUGUUGCAGAUGAUGCAUUUCCCCUACGCUCUGAUCUACAGAAGCCAUUUUCACACCGACAGCUAGACCAUGACCAGAGAAUCUACAACUACAGGUUGUCGAGAGCUAGGCGGGUUGUGGAAAACGCAUUUGGAAUUCUUGCCAACAGGCUCCGGGUCUUCAGAACAACCAUUAGUCUAGAUCCGGACAAGGUCGUCAAAAUUACACUUGCCUCAUGUGUGAUCCACAAUUUCUUGAGAGCACACAGAUCAGAGCCCUAUGUGCCGCCUACCUUGACAGACCGAGAAACUGAUGACCAUGAAUUCAUCCCUGGAUCCUGGAGGCAAGAAGGCCAGUGGGCGUUCCAUGAUCUGGCAAACAACAGAGCACGCAAUCCAACACAAAGGGCUAAAGAUCUGAGGGACAUGAUGAAGGAGUACUUCAACUCACCAGAAGGCCAAGUGCCAUGGCAGGAGCACCACAUAUAA